AUGGAUUAUACAUAUGGACAAUCAAAUGAUUAUCCACUCCGAAUUCUUGUACCUAGUGAUUCUGUUGGAGCUAUUAUUGGUAAACAAGGCACAACAGUAAAACAAAUCAAACAAACAACACAUACAAAAGUUGAUGUAAAUAAAAAUGAAUCAUCAACUAGUCAGGAACGUAUUAUAAUUAUUCGUGGUCAACAAGAAAAUUGUAUCCAAGCAUGUCGUGAAAUAUUUCGUAUAAUGUAUGAAGAUGCAAAGAAUAAAAAUCGAACAAAUGAAAUUAUAGUAAAAGUACUUGCGCAUAAUAAUUUUAUUGGUCGAAUUAUUGGUAAAGGAGGAAAUAUAAUAAAUACAAUAAAGAAAGAAACUGAUACAAAUAUCACAGUAUCAAGUAUUAAUGAAUUAAAUUCAUAUAAUAUUGAAAGAAUCAUAUCAAUUAAAGGUGAAAUUGAACAACAAAUACGUGCACUUGAAACAAUCUAUGGAAAAUUAUGUUUGGCAUAUGAAAAUGAUAAUGCUCGAGCAUGGAAUUAUUCAUCACAAUACUAUCAACAACAACAACAACAAUUAAUGCAACAUUUUGCACAACAAGCCGCUAUGAUGAAUCCCAAUGGUCCAUCUCUAUUAUCUACACACUAUUCUCAACAACCUCAAUCGAUAAUUCAUCCAACACAAACAAAUAAUACUGAUGGUUCAUCAAAUAAAUAUAUUGAGCAAUCAAAUGCAAAUGCUAUUUAUCAGCCAACUUAUUAUCCUACAAUAUUUCCUACAUCAGGUCCUUUUUAUAUGCCAUAUCAACAAUCUGGUCCAAUAAUAUCUUCUCAACCAAAUCCGUAUGUAAAUGGAAAUCUUUCUCAUCAUCAACAACAACAACAACAGCAUUCACAUACAUUACCAAAUGCAUCCGUUGUUGUAGAAACUGUUCAUUUAUAUGUACCUAAUACAAUUAUUGGCGCAAUUAUUGGUACCAAAGGUGUUUUUAUAAAAAGUAUUAUUAAAAAUUCCAAUGCAACAGUUAAAAUAAACCCACCUAGUUCCGAUGAAGAUCAAAAUAAAAUAGUCGACCGUCAAGUAACAAUAACAGGAACACCUGAAGCUCAAUGGAAAAGUCAAUAUUAUAUUUAUGAUAAAAUUCGACAAGAAGGUUAUGCCGGUGAUGAUGAAGUUCGACUUCGAGCAGAAAUAUUUGUACCUACAUCAUUAAUUGGACGUUUAGUUGGUAAAGGUGGACAUAAUGUUCGUCAAUUGCAGCAAUCAACAGGUGCAAUUAUUAAAUUACCUGAUGAUUCUCAACAAACAUCAGCUAGUGAAGUACCAGUUAAAAUUAUUGGUUCUUUUCAAGCUAGUCAAUUUGCUCAACGACGCAUCCAAUCUAUAAUACAAAUGAGUCGUGAUAUAACAACUGAUGAUGCUAAUAAUAGCAAUGGUGAACAAUUAAAUCCUAUAAAUAACAAUAAUCUCAAUGAAACAACAACAACAAAUGUGAAUGGAAGUACUAUAAGUGAUGAUGCUGUUGUUGCUUCUAGUACAUUAUUGAAUACAGAUGAUAGUCUAACAGCAGCAGAUGAUCAAAAAUCGAGAGAUGAAUAA